GUCCCCCACGGAUUGCUGAUAAAGUCAUUCACAGGCAAACCGUCCGGUUGGGAAGAACCAUCAAACUUUUGUGUCCUGUGGAAGGUGAUCCACCACCACUUACAAUGUGGAUGAAGGAUGGACGAACCAUUCACCCCGGCUGGACGAGGUUCCGAGUUUACCAGCAAGGGAUGAAGAUUAAAGAUGUGGAAAGUGAGGAUACAGGAACUUACAUCUGCAAAGCAACCAAUGGAUUUGGGAGUAUCAAUGUGAACUACACCCUCAUUGUGAUUG